AUGCAGCUUUUUGAGUUGGGGAUUGUUUAUUCAGUUAUAUAUUUUGGUGCCCAUCCAAGACUAAUAGUAUUAACCAAUCAGGCGUGUAAGAGAUUGGCUAUGCUUUCUGAUUCUCUCGAUGGCUGGAUUGAAGCAAUUCGGAAGUGUAAAUAUUUGCCUGAGAAAGAUCUUACAAAGCUAUGUGAAUAUGUCAGUGAACUGUUGAUGGAGGAGUGCAAUGUUCAGCCUGUAUCGACCCCUGUCACGGUUUGCGGCGAUAUACACGGACAGUUCUACGAUCUACUGAAGCUAUUCCAAGUUGGUGGGGAACCGCCGGUUACGAAUUACAUUUUCAUGGGAGAUUUUGUUGACCGUGGUUACUACAGUCUUGAAACCUUUACUUUACUUUUGGCACUCAAAGCCAGAUAUCCAGAUAGGAUCACUCUUCUUCGCGGCAAUCAUGAAAGCCGACAAAUAACUCAGGUUUACGGUUUUUAUGAUGAAUGUAUGAAUAAGUAUGGUAAUGCCAAUCCCUGGAGGCAGUGUUGCAAAGUUUUUGAUCUUUUAACGUUAGCGGCUCUUAUUGAUGAAACAAUUCUUUGCGUGCAUGGUGGUCUUUCUCCCGAAACCAAAACUCUUGAUCAAAUUCGGACUAUUGAUCGAAACAUGGAAAUACCUCACAAGGGACCCUUAUGCGACUUGCUUUGGUCUGAUCCCGAUGAUGUUUCUAAGUGGACUAUUAGCCCUCGUGGUGCAGGAUUCCUUUUUGGUCAAAAGGUGACAGAAAAGUUUGUGACUCUGAAUGGUCUGGAAUUUAUUUGUCGAGCUCACCAGCUUGUUAAUGAGGGUCACAAAUCGAUGUUUGAUGGGAAAUUGAUAACCGUUUGGUCGGCUCCAAAUUACUGCUACCGAUGUGGUAACAUCGCGGCCAUCCUCGAUAUUCAAUCGCCGCGAAAUUUCUCUUUCAAAGAGUUCUCCGCGGUCCCAGAUAAUGAACGCGUUAUCCCACCAGCACGCAUUACCCCAUACUUCCUAUAA